UGGUGGUGGGGGCUGUAGGGGGCGGUAGAGGUGCUGGUGGACGUCACGUCACGUGACGUGCCGGGGAAACUGCAGGCCCAAGCUUCCCGUUCAGCGGCUCGCCGGCCGCGUCCUCUCCUUCCCGCACCGCCACCAACAGACCGACGACGACGACCACCACCGACCGACCACGACGACGACGAUAACGACCAUGGGCGAAGAGGAGGACGAGGAGGAGGAGGAGGAGCGAAGCCAGAAGCAGAAUGUGUACAAUGCGCUGCUGCCCUACGCGGGGCCGCGACUGCAGGUGGAGGCCGGGCGGCUCCUGGCCGAGCUGAGACGCAACUUGGCGAGGGCCGUGGAGCUCCGUGAGCUGUGGCCUGGCGGGAUGCACUGCACCCGGAGGCUGUCCCUGUACAUUCGCCUGUAUGGGAGAAAGUUUAGCAAGGAGGACCAUGUCUUGUUUGUCAACCUGGUUUAUGAGCUGGUCACCAUCCCCAAUUUGGAGGUCAGCAUGGUGCAGAGCUUCGCACGACUUCUCAUCACGUUACUCAAAAAAAAGGACCUUCUUUCAAGAGAUGACAUUGUUCUUCCCUGGAGGCCUCUCUACCAGCUGGUGGAGAGGGUGUUCUACUCAAAGAAUGAACAUCUGGGGUUGAACUGGUACCCAAAUUCUCAACAAGGCUCACCAUCUCCUAGAUCACUUUUGCUUAAUGCAAUACAUAGGUGUUCCCUGGAAAAUGUGCUCAAGUCUUUGGUGCGCUGCUGCCGAACGUAUUUCUCAGACAAAUCGACUGCCGAAAUGCUGGAUGAGUGGCGCCCUUUGCUCUGCCCCUUUGAUGUCACCAUGCAAAAGGGCAUCAGUUACUUCGAGCUGUUCUUGCCAACAUCUCUGCCACCAGAACGUCAUCACAAAGGCUUCAGACUUUGGUUUGACGAAUUCGUUGGAAUUUGGGAUUCUGUGCACAACCUGCCACAGUGGGAAGGAAGUCUGGUGAAUCUCUUUGCCCGGCUGAGUUCAGAGAAUAUAGGCUACAUCGACUGGGACCCCUACAUACCCAAGAUCUUUACAAGGAUCCUUCGAAGCCUGAAUCUUCCGGUUGGGAGUAAUCACACGCAGGUGGCGAGGUUCGGCCCACAAUGUUACGACAUUGCUCACGUGGUCGUUUGGGUCACGUCCAUGCUGGGUGGACCUUCUAAACUUGCUCAGAAACAUUUGACCGGCUUCUUCAAUGCAGUGACUUCGUUCUAUCAUCCGUCUAACAAUGGCAGAUGGCUGCUGAAGCUAAUGAAGUUGGUGCAGAAGCUGCCGGCUUGCUUGGUGCGGCGCCUGCACCACGAGCGGUACCGCAAGCCCAGCUGGCAAACGCCGGUGCCACCCAGCCACAAGCUCACGGAGGAUGACGUCACCGCUUUCGUGGAGAGCCUAAUGCAGCCGGUGCUGCUGGCUAUGUUCAGCAAGAUCGGCAGCCUGGAUGCUGCGCAGGCCCUGCAGAAUCUCGCACUCGUGCGUCCCGAACUCGUCAUCCCACCCGUUCUCGAAAAGACAUACUCGGCGCUGGAAACCCUGACGGAGCCACACCAACUGACGGCCACCAUGAGCUGCGUGAUCGGCGUGGCGCGCAGCUUGAUCCGCGGCGGGCGAUGGUUUCCAGAGGGACCCUCCCAUGCCCUCCCACUCCUCCUGAGAGCCCUGCCUGGAGUCGACCCGAAUGACUUCAGCAAGUGCAUGAUCACGUUUCAGUUCAUCGCAACGUUUGCGACGCUCAUGCCUUUGGUGGACUGCUCUCCAGCUCUGCAAAACGGAACUGACCUCACUAAGGAAGAAAGGGAGUUAUGCUCGGCCACUGCAGAGUUUGAAGACUUUGUCCUGCAGUUCAUGGACAAAUGCUUUGCGCUGGUGGAGAGCAGCACAUUGGAGCAGACGCGGGAAGAGACGGAGACGGAGAAGAUGACACACGUGGAGAGCAUGGUGGAGCUGGGCCUCUCCUCCACCUUCAGCACUAUCCUCAUGCAGGCCUCACCACAGAUUUACAAGGCUGCUCUCGACAAGUUGUUCAACUUUGCUACCACCAACAUAUUCGAAGCCAGAGUUGCAGGAAAAAUGGCAGCAGACAUGUGUCGAGCAUCAGCAAAGUGCCGACCUGCCGAGGCGCUGAAGCUGUUUGUCCCUCAUUGCUGUGCCGUCAUCACCCACCUCACCAACCAUGAGGAGGUGCAGCAAGAAGAAGAGCUGGACAAGGAGCUCAUCUGGAACCUCCAGCUGCUGUCUGAGAUUGUGCGCAUCAAUGGUGCCGAAGUGCUGCCGUACCGUGGGCAGCUGGAGAGCAUUCUGAAGCGCACGCUGUGGCUGAAGAACAAGCAGGGCUACACGCUUGCCGGGAAGCUCCUGCAGCACAUGCUGCGCUCAGCCACCAUGAUCUACCCCACCGAGUACUGCAGCGUUCCGGGAAGCUUCAACCAGCCCCUGUCCGAGUACCUUCCUAUCAGGGACUGGGGUAGGCCUGGGAACCUGCAUAAUCUGGACAUGAAGUGGCACAUGCCCUCGCCUGCCGAGUUGGCCCUCACGCACAGCCUCCUCGACACUUUCCUGUGGCCCGAACUUGUGAAACUGGAGUCCUACACGACCGGGAGCGACAUGACGAGAGAGACGGUUCAGCAGAGUCUGUCAAUCGUGACGAACUGCAUCAUGGGAGCUGGCAGCAUCAUGCCACCGCUUGUCGGAGAGAAGAUUCCCAACCUAGUCCCAAGUUUGAUAGAAAUUGAAGAUAUUUUAAUCUACACAGGGGUUGACUGUGACACGAACAGAGAAAACUACAGAGAAACUAUUCUGAAAGUUACAAGAAAUCUGCUAAAAUACAUCCUUGAAAACUCAGAAGACGACACAAAGUCAUUGUUCCAGAUAAUUAAGAUCCUUGGAGUGGUGUUGCUCUUCCAAGGCUCCCACAAGGCAGAGUUUGACUCCAGAUGGAAAAGCUUUAGCCUGGUGAAGAAAUCCAUGGAGGACAAGCUCCAUGGCCACAAGCAGCACAUCCGAGCCCUGCUCAUCGACCGCGUGAUGCUGCAACACGAGUUGAGAAGCCUGGCUAUGGAAGGCAGCACCUACAGGACCAUCCACAAGGAGGUGCUGAUGGACCUGCUGAAGCUGUCGACCAGCACUUACAGUCAGGUGAGGAGUAAGGCACAGCAGGUUUUUUUCUCAUCGCUUAGCACAUUCAACUUCUGCUGCCGGGAUUUGAUACCACACGUGCUGGAGUACCUGAGGCCAGACAAUGACAAAGCCAUUCAGCAGCAGUUCAAGGGUGCUCUGUACUGUCUGCUUGGUGGUCACGGCUCAACUAGCCUGGCCAACCUGCACGACUGGGACUGCAUCAGCCGCACGUGGCCGGCGUUGGUGGCUUCGGGCCUGUCGCAAACGCUGUCCUUUGAGAAGCCCUCCAUUGUGCGGCUCUUUGAUGACCUGGCCGAGAAGAUCCACCGGCAGUACGAGACCAUCGGUCUGGACUUUAGCGUUUCAGAGAAGUGCAUUGAGGUGGCUUCCAGAAUGUGGCGGCACACUGAGAAAGAUAGACAACCCACCGAAGAGGAAAAACAGCUCGGCGUACAGAGGCUACAAGAGAGAAACCAGCACGCCGUUCAGAUGUAUGAAAAUAUGAUAAAUGCUCUGAUCGAUGUAGCAGAGAACCGAAAUCUGCCUUGGAAGUUCGAGCAGUUUGCUGUCGGUCUGGUGUCCAUGCUGCUAAGGGACGAUCACCCCUUUCUUGUGCGGGGGGUGCGGUUUUUGGUGGAGAAACUGAACCAUGAUUCCCUGGCAAUUCGGAAGCUCGCAAUAUGUGCAGUGGCCGGCAUCAUGAAACAACUGAAACGGCUUCAUCCGAAAAUGGAAAUCGACCCAUACGCCAUGAGCGCACGUCCGUGUGCAGGCGGGACGAGCCAGCCGGCGCACGUGCAGCCCGGGGAGCGGCCGGAUACGCGCUGGGUGCAGUACGACGCCAAGAGGCUUCCCCGAAGCCAGAAAGCGUGGGAGGAGACUGUCUUCGUUGAGAAGACUCACUGGGGCUACUACACCUGGCCAAGACAGAUGAUGGUGUAUAAGCCCUACUCCGAGCAACCCAAGCUGGGCCGCAGCCGAGAUGAGAUGUCAGAGGCUGAGCAGGUGGUGUACGAUCACUUCAUCGACCCCGCUUUCGUGGAGAAGUUCAUUGCGUUGCUCUCCCUAGAGGACCGAAAAGGAAAGGACAAGUUCAAUGCUCGGAGGUUCAUCCUUUUUAAGGGUCUCUUUAGGAACUUUGACGAUGCGUUCCUGCCCGUGUUCCUGCCGCACAUGGAGCGUUUGGUCACUGAUGUGCACGAGAGCGCCCAGCGCUGUGUGGCAGAGAUCAUCGCUGGCAUCAUUCGUGGAGCCAAGCAUUGGACAUUCGAGAAGGUUGAGAAGAUGUGGGGACUCAUCUGCCCACUCUUGCGCACAGCACUGUCCAACAUCAGUGUGGAAACCUUCAUGGACUGGGGAACGUGCAUCUCCACAUCCUGUGAGAGUCAGGACCCAAGGAAGAUCUACUGGCUGUUUGAAAUGCUUAUGGAAUCCCCUGUCAGUGGUGAAGGAGGCUCCUUCAGUGAUGCGAGCCGGCUGUACGUGCUGCAGGGCGGCUUGGCACAGCAGGAGUGGCGUGUACCCAGCCUCCUCCAUGCCCUGCUUGGCUACCUGGAGCCCAUGCUUACGCAAGUGUACAAGAAUGUACGCGAGCGCAUUGGGAGCGUGCUGACGAACAUCUUCAUGCUGGACGUGGCGCUGCCCAACGGCGUGGACACGCUGUCGCCGCGGCGUGCCGAGUUUGCCGCGAACGUGGUGCAGCGUCUCAAGCCGCUGCUGGAGCUCGACGAGGAGAUCUCGAACCACGUGCUGGAGGAGAACGGCGGCGGCAAGGAGGCUGACGAGGUGGUGCAGGCCAUCAAGCUGCUCAAGACGGUGCUGAAGUGGCUGAUGGCGAGUGCUGGGCGCUCCCUCUACUCCACUCCGAAGGAGCACCUACAGCUGCUACCACUCAUUUGUAAGAUUACCCCAGUGGAGAACGAUGCCAGCUACGAUGAGAUGAAGAGCGAUGCCAAGUUGGCGCUCUCACUCGUGGCCCAGACCCUGUUGCCCACUGACCACGUGCCCAUCAUCUUCAAAAUGCUCGAGCAGAUCUCGUGUAGCAGCUCGUGGCAUGCCCGCUACACGGCGCUCAUUUACCUGCAGGUCACGGUCUUCUACAACCUCUUCCUGUUCCUGGCUGACCCAGAGGCCGUGUGCUCCAUCCGUAAGCAAGUUCUCGCCUUCCUGCAAGACGAGCAGCUUGAGGUGCGGGAGAUGGCAGCCACGACCUUGAGUGGCCUGCUGCAGUGCAGCUUCCUGCACAUGGACGAGGCCAUGCAGAGCCACUUUGAGAGCCUGAGCCAGACACGCAUGCCCAAGCGACGUCACAGGGAGGCGAGCCAGCCCAUACCUGUCACAGACCUGGUGCGGCGCCACGCGGGGGUGCUCGGGCUGAGCGCUUGCAUCCUCUCCAGCCCCUACGAGGUGCCCACCUGGAUGCCCCAGCUCCUCAUGGACCUCAGCCAGCACCUCAAUGAUCCCCAGCCCAUCGAGUUGACGGUGAAGAAGACGCUCACCAACUUCCGACGAACGCACCACGACAACUGGCAGGAACACAAGCAGCAGUUCACGGACGAUCAGCUGGUGGUGCUCACAGACCUGCUUGUGUCUCCCUGCUACUAUGCAUGAGCCAGCACGAUAUUCUUUCGGUGAUGCUUUUGGGAGUGAGCCGUUGACCUUGUGGGACCAGAAUCCAUCACCAAAAGAUUCCGUUUCCUGUUGGUGACGGCCAGCUUAAGUUCGUCCUGUGAUGGCAUUUGCAUUGGCGUCAUUGGGGAUUCUGCAUGAUAGAAAAAACCGAGACAUUUACCGGCAUCUGAACAUUUGCCUUUUUAUGCACAAUACUAAAUAAAUAUCUACACUCAAGCAAUACCCACAGUAUUCAUUUAAAGCAUGUUAUGCUCUGCUAAAAUGUGACCAUUAAAUGGAUAGUGAAAUAUUUCUGCGCCAGGUUUGCGAGCAGCACUGCUCUGCUCGUUUACUCAAAAUGCCUGGGUGUGCGGGGUUACAGUCCCCAACAAGGACGGGGAAGGUUCGAAUCCUUUCUCAGAGAAAGAACCUGUAUAUUGCUAGGUUUUCAAUUGUUUUUCUUGAUU